AUGAGCGAACAGUUUCGUCGUCAACACGUUGGGGAGAAUUUCCACGAUGAAGGACUGCAGACUCUCAUUACUCAGGACGCGAAAGAAGCAGCAAAGGCGGCUCACAGGUUUACAUUACCAUCAACAACGACGAGACGACUCUUGCGCACGACCCCGUACCGAGUAUCUUUUGCGGAGGACUGCGAUUAUCUCGUACACUACUGCCUUCGGGCUUACCAGUAUGUUCAAUCAUUAUUAGAACUGGAAUUUUAUGCGCCAGAACUUUGUAUUAUACUUACUAUACGUUUAAAAACUACUGCCUCAUGGAUUUUGUUAACUGCAUGGAGAGAUAUGAAGGCGGGAGUCCAACCUAUAACAAAGGAAGUAGAGAGUCAAAAGAAACUGCUCUAA